AUGACUGACAGCGGCAAGUGUGCAUUUGUGCUUGGAAUAGAGCUUUUGGACGGCGCAGAUGAAAGUGUGACACUAUGUCAGCGUCGGUAUGUAGAUGACAUACUCAAGCGCUUUGGCAUGGAUGAUUGCAAAGCCGUCGCAAGUCCAGUCGACAUGAGCUCUCGACUUGUUUCAGGUGAUGCAGCCACCAAGGUCGAUGCUCCUUUUCGCGAAGCUGUUGGUGCGUUGAUGCACCUGACCACUGCAACGCGCCCGGAUAUUGCGUUCGCCAUGGGCUAUGUGUCGCGAUUCAUGGAGAACCCCCAAGAAGAACACUGGGUUGCGGUCAAGCGUGGGUUCCGCUACCUACAAGGCACCAAGAUGCACGGAAUCUGCUACAAGCCAAAUGCGAAGAUCGGUUUUUGUGGCUACUCGGAUGCAGACUGGGCCGGUGACCUCGCUGAUCGCAAGUCGACGUCUGGUUACGUAUUCAUGCUGUAG